AAACGUUACGGUCGACCAACCUAUUUACCUCCGACAAACCCGGAAAUAGUUUGUCUGUCUCCCUCUGGCUGGAAGCAGGAGAGCAGCUUCGGCACCUGUAACCUCCCCAGUUUGUUGGAUAAAGUCAGCUGCAGCCACUGAGGUCACCGUCGUCCCAGGCGUGAGUGUUUAUGUGUGUGGGUGCUGGUGAGGUGUGCGCUUGUGUGUACUGAGAGUGUUGUUAGGGUGAUGUACUGCAGCUAUCAAGACCGUGAGGAGUUGGAGGAUGAUCUCUACCAAGAGGAUGAUGGAGAAUCUGAGGGGUCAGAGGCCAACAGCGAGCUGGAAUUCCGCCUCUAUAGCCAGCUCCACUACUCCUCUAAUGCUGGGGAGACGGAGGAGCAGGAGAGCAGAGGUAGGGGGGAGGGCCAGGACAGCCAGCAGCUGGAGGUGACUGAGAAAACUUCAGAUGCUGAAGGAGAACUGGAACACACCGGAGAAGGUGGGCCUCCUUCACCUAACAUAAGCAAGCUACGGCAUCAAAUGAAGAAGAAGAAGGGGGACGAACCUGAGAAGCAGAAGAAGGGGAAAAGUGAUCCUAAAGGUCAGAGGUCGUCAUCACUUUUUGAGGAGGUCAUCGUGAUUGACUCCAGCCCUGAUGUUAUCUCCAUUUCUGAGGAUGACUCUGCCGAUGAUGAAGGGGUCUGUGCCUUAAAGGGUAAAGGCUUACACCGGCUGCAGACUUCCACCCCAGCACAACAGGGAGACCGGAAAAAGAAGAGGAGUCUCAGUGCGCCGGUGACGGUGGACUCCAGCAGCUCAGAAUCCGAUUCGGAAGAGUCUGAAUCCAAAUCUGAGUCCGAUUCUUCCGAUUCUUCUGAUUCAGAUGUUCUGGAGAGCUGGAUGAUCCUGGGUCGAGGGAAGCAGGACGGAGACCAUUCCAUCUCACUCAACCUGGAGCAAGGGUCUGACAGCAAUGCAGAUGCUGCAGAAGAAGAGGGCAGCUGGUUGGUUUCUGACAAGGACAAGGAGGCUCAGAUCUAUAACAAAGACAAGGGUGCCAGGAUAGCGCUACAGCGGGUGUCAAACCGAUACUAUACCGACAAGAACGUCCACUGUAGAAACUGCAACAAGACCGGACAUCUCUCCAAGAACUGCCCUGAGCCCAAAAAGUUGUCGCCCUGCUUCUUAUGUGGCACUCCAGGCCACCUAGUCAGUGAAUGUCCCAAUAAGCACUGCAACAACUGCGGUCUGCCUGGUCACCUGUACGAGUCCUGCAGCGAGAAGGCAUACUGGCACAAACAGUGUCAUCGCUGCAGCAUGAAGGGACACUUCUUUGACGCUUGUCCAGAGAUCUGGAGACAGUACCAUAUCACAACUAAGAGAGGUCCUCCUGUAAAGCAGCAGGGAGAGGACAACGGUCGAUCUCCUGCCUACUGCUACAACUGCUCCAGGAAAGGACACUUUGGCCAUGUGUGUACACGGCAGAGGAUGUUCAGCGGGGUGUAUGCCAGCAUCCCAUUCAUCAACCACUACGACACUGUGGAGGACAUUAACCGCAGACAACACAGGAUAAAGCUGAAGGUUAAAGACCUGAAGAAAAAUGGCUAUGUCCCCACCACCUCUCAGACCCCUGUCACUCCAGGACCGCCGAAGAAGAAACAGAAAAUCAGCCAUCACAAAAGCUACCACCAGCCUAACCACACACCUCACCAAACCCCUAACAACCACAAACCCAGUCCCAGCCAUAUCUUUUUUAGAGACAGUGACUUUAGGGACACAACACCCAAAACCAAUAAGUUCGGCAAGUACAAACAGCAGGAAAGCACUGGUAAUGUGAAACCGUGGAAAGCCAAGAGACCAGUGCCCACCUCAAGAGACCCUCUCCCACCAACUAAACUCAUUUUGGAUGAAGCAGAUGACUUUCCCAGAGGAGGAGGCAAAGGAGAUAACAUGGAGAAGAAGAAGAUGAAGAGGAAAAGGAUGAAGAAAACAAAGGAAGUAGCACCAGAGGGACACAGAAACAGCAGACCAGACCACCUCUUUUGGACUGUGACUGGUGCGAUGCAGGGGUCAGAGUCAAAGCAAGAGAACCGAGAGAAGAGGAAGAAGAGGAGAAAUCGAGUCCGGAGGAUUGCUGACAAAAAAUCCGCUGCACCGAUGUACCCAACGGAUGAGAACCUGUUUAUCAUCAAACAGCGUAAACGCAACAGAUAGCAUCAGUAUGUGUGAGGUGUGGGUGUCAGAGGCUGUCAGUGCUGUGAUCUUUACGACCGGUAGUUAUGGGUUCGUGACGUUUAGAGACAUGACUCAGGUCUCACUGCAAAAGUCUUCUGCUUUGGGGGUUCAUAGGCCUUUUUUUUUUUUUAAAGAAAGACAUUUUGACAUGUCAUGGCAGGAAAAGCACGGAUUCAAAUAAUAAAAUUAAUUAUGACUGAAUUCAGUUUAGGAGCUUCAUUUUCAGGGUCCUGGUAUUGUGCAUGUUGUCUCACUGUCACAUUGUCAUGGCUUAGUGGGACACUUGAAUAGAAUGGAGACAUCAUUAAAGGACAGGUCCACAGUUUUUCAAAUCUGCCUUAAAACAAUAGCUAUGUGUCCAUAUGAACGUUGAAACAUUGUUUAUGCACUUUCAAUGUAAGGGAUGGGGGACAAAAUUCACAGUCCUCAUUUCGUGCAGAGAUGUAUUCCUAAGUUUAUCUGAACAUAAUAUGAGGCUUCAGGAGUUUGAGAUAGACAAAUUGAGUGGAUUUCUUUCAAAGUUAGACUCAGCUGAACAGGGAAACACUGGCCAGGGAAACAAAAGGAGGGAACUUUGUACUAUAAUGGCAGUAACUUUGGAAGAUACCGUAUCUACUUGGUUUGUCUAACUCAAACUGUUGAAGCCUCAUAUUAGUUUUAGAUAAACUUCUGAAUUCAUUUUUGCACAAAAUAAGGACUGCAGAUUUUAUUCCCCAUCACUUACAUUGGAAGCACUUGAGGCAGGGAUCAUUUUAACAAAGCAAGCAAAUGUUGUUCCUAUGUUUACAUACGCACCUGAGUACUGCUAUAAGUCAGCCUUUAAAAAUACUGAACCUACCCUUAAUUUUAUCAGAUAUAUAAUAUCUGUGCUUUUCCUACUAUGACAAUAUGU